GCUCUCGCUCUCGGGGAAGGAGUGGACUCAUUAUCCAUUUUCAUUACAAACAUAAUGAUUGUUGGCCUGUCGGACCACCUUAAGCCUAGAGGGUUAUCUGAGACAAUGCAAGGUAUUGUGUGUUUCUUAUACUGUGUUUUAUUUGAUUCUCAUUGUUACAAGCAGAUUGGAUUUCUUUGACUCAGUGUCUACGUCUUUCCCGUCCAUUGUUACGUCCUAGAGGCCUCCAGCCACCUCUCCUUUCCCUACAGGCCUCCACCCUCCUGGGCGCCAUCCACCUCCUCCACCGCCACCUCCACCGCCUCCACCACCACGACAAUAGCUCCUCCAGUCAAAGCUUCCCUUUGCAACAUUUUCCCUGAAGUUGUUCAGCACGUUUCCUGCAGGCUUAUAGCGGCCAACCACAUAGGUACACCGUCCCGAGACUGCUUUUCCUAUUCCCAGCUCCACACUCUUUUUCCACACCACCUGCGUAAAGUGCCCAGUGCCGUAACCCCAUCCGGGAUUGUCAAAGUUGAACUUACACACUUCUUUGUACCUGUGAAAAUAUAGUGAAGCACAGUAAUACGUUAAGAAAGAAAGUCCUUUUUUGGCUUUUUUGUGAUGGCCUUGCGUAAGUGAAAUUGUUUUAAAUUUCAUUAAUAUAUUUUUGCGACAGCCAUGAGAUUUUUCGAGACUCUCAUAUUUUUCGCAACUUUUGUAGUGUCGUUGAUGUCUCCUUGGCUUGCUAACAGGUGACUAAGCGGCCAUGUUGGAGGUCAAAACAAUACAAAUUUUUGUGCCGAACUAGCUUACAAAAAGUCGCUUAUUGAAGAGAUACGCUUGUUCUUAUUAGUCUUGAAUCCAACCGAAAACCAACCAUCUCAGAAGUUCAGAGUUAUUGUUUGAAGGUUAGCAUUCGCGAUGUAGGACCCUGCAUAGCUGAAAUUCUCGUUUGUAUUGUUUGCAAAGCCUUAAAGUCGAUUUUUAAGAAAAAGAAACUUCUAUCCUUUCUGCAAAAUUGUCCGUCGGACACUCCAGGAGAACGUGGUCAAUUGAUUUUCACAAUCCCUUUGGUGUUUUACUGCAUUUCUGCUUAGUGGUAUAAUCUAAACCGCUAAGGCAUACUAUUAAUGAGAACUGUCAAGGGCGAAUCAAAUUCCCCCCCUUUAAAAUCAACUCAGUCUGAACACUUCCAUAAUGAUAGUCAGCUGGACGGAAUAAAAAUAUCGGGACAAAACUUUGAUUUUUACGACGCUUUUCCGAUGGAUGGAGUGGCGAGACCUUGCGACAUAAAUGACAUGCGCAAUAAAGAAGUGCACACCUAUAGAACGCGCCUGAAGGUGUAAUACUUUCCUUUCCUGUACAUGUAGAAUGUAUAGUGUGAAAAAUGUCCAGUAGCAUCAAAAUACCCACCACAUCUCAGUAGCUCUUUGCCCUGAGAGGCCUCCAUAGCCACAUGACAUAGCGAGGUUCUCGCCUUGACCUGGCCUCUCACGGGAACUGGAGUGCUUAAGUUUACCCAUGCGUGCAAGCCGCCCGGCAUAAGCUGUGGCCUGCUGGCUCAUAUCAUCAUUCAACCUCAUGGCUGGUGCAUCAUGGAUCCUGCGGUACUUGUUGUGAGCCUCCAAACCUUCAUCUCCAAAGGAAGCUAAAUACAGGAUACAUGUUUUACCGUCAUUUACAACAUCAGGAAUGCGCGGGACAAGUAUCUGAGAGGCAUCGAGUGCCCAGAGAUACUCAGAACGUAUUUGCUAGUAAAAUGAUAAACCCUUGCAGAGCUAUGAAUUGAUCAGUGUUAAUGGUAUGGCAGCGGCAACAAGAGGGCUUGACCUAACGUAGAGGUGGAAACCUUAUAUAAUGAAAUGUUUUGUACAGAGUUUAGGUAUAAUUACAAUGGACUGAGUUAUGGAAAGACGUUAACGGUAGUCGGUAGGAACAGACUUAGGCCACUUAAGUUGGCUCUACUGGAUUUUUUAGGGGGGGAUACCUCCCAAGUUUGAGCAUUGAAUAGGUCGGCAUAAGUAAAGAUAUGGGGAAAAGUUUACCACAACUGUAUUAUUAUAUAAAGAUGACAAUUUCUUAUGAUCUUGGUUUUAUUGCAAUCGAAGUCGCCAUGGCAACGUAAUGACACCAUUACGUUUUUUAUUUAUCUUUGUGUUUUUCUGUAGCCGGAGAAAAUCGCUUAAAGGAGUACGUACCUGCCAUAAUUGACUCAAUUGUGGCAAAGUUUGAACAAAUUCUAUGAGAGCAUUUUGGAAAUAUUUUGAAACAAAGUUUUAAGAAUCAUAAAAACAGUGAAAUAGCAUGCUAUCCACACAAUUAGCCCAGAUUUUGUGUUUACAAGUGAGCGUCCUCAUUAUUCACUGGCAUUGUUUUCAAGUUUCAAAUGCACAUGCACAACAAGCCAAAUAAUAGAAUUUGCAUGAAAAGGGACCCUGGGUCAAGUGUACAUACUCCUUUAAGCGAUUUCUCCAAAGGAACUCCUAGUACAGAGAAACACAAAGAUAAAUAAAAAACGUAAUGGCGUCAUUACGUUGCCAUGGCGCCUUCGAUUGCAAUAAAACCCAGGUCAUAAGAAAUUUUCAUCUUUAUAUAAAACAGCUGUGCAAUUUUUUUCCCAUAUCUUUACUCAUGCUGAAGAAGUUAAAGCUCAAACUUGGGAGGUAUCCCCCCAAAAAAAUCCAGUCGAGCCACCUUAAGGCAUGACUAUCUAAUUUAAUAUGCAUAUUUUGAAAAAAUGCUAUUUAGAACGGUUUGUUCCUAUUAUUGAUCCUGAAAAUUGGAAUACUAAUGAAGCUUAAUGGCAUUAGCAAUAUGAGACAUUUUGCGAGUUCAAAUUUUCGUCACGAGAAUUAACGGUCAAAAUAUUUACUCUAAAAUGGGGAAAGGAUAAUAAAAGAGCAACAAGUUCUUUUAGGUACAUUUUAGAGGCUAUUGAAAGGUUCUGAAAAAUUCGCCUUGUAUGUAUGUUUACGUUAUAUAGGAAACGGUAAAUAGAGGGAAAAGGGUCACGUGACUUGUUAAUUAGCUAAUUGGCUAAUUUCCAACCACACAAGGCGAUUUACGAUUUACACUGUUUAUGUAACAUUUUGGUGGUGAAAAUUCCUAAGACUAAGGUUUGGAACCCUUCCCCGUUAAGGAAAACGUGUUUUGUGACGUCACUGACGAAGCAAUGUAACGUGUUAUUUGAAAUCACGUUUUACGUGUUUUUCUCAUUGAGCCACAUUUGAAGUUCACUCUUCAGGAUCACUGAUGGAAGCAAACCGGGAAAUGGGAAAAAUUAAACUUCGAUCAGAUAAUCGUAGGGAAUAAAACAAUUUGUUAGAUAAGCUUCGAAAAUCGUAUAUAAAUGUAACGGUCAUCUUGAAAUUUUUAGCUGCCCUCAAGAUACAGAAAAUUUAAGGCUAUAUUUGUUACUUCUAAGGGAUAUUUAGAAAAAACAGUUCUUGAGUGCCACCGAUCCUUGGAGAGCUUGCUGCUGGCCAGGGACAGGGUUAGAAACUCAGUUAAUGAUCGCCUAUAAACACUUUCAUCUUACCGAAGACUAUCCGGAUUCCUGAAAGAAAAAGGUUAUGUGUUAUAAUGAUUACUGAAAGUUAUUUAAGAGAUUUCUUAGUGUUAAAUAUUUAAAUGAUUGCAAUCAACCAUUCGUAUAAAUAUGGACAUGUUUAAAUAUUGAAAAUUCUUAGUACACUAAAAUGGGUUACGUGUAUAUUUGCGAAGACGCUCUCUUUAAGGGAGCAGUCUUUUCCCUCCUGUGUACAUUGGCUAUACACCUAAUUCCUUUCCCUGAUUAUCAGUUCUGACGUGGAAUCAGGGCGGUUAAAAAUUAUAACGACCUUACAGUCAUUUAUCUUUGUCGGCUAGUGUAAACUGUAACGAGUUUUCCCUUGAGAAGUCAGGCUUCAGUGUAUAUCAUCAUCAUCGAUCAUCGGUCGACCGAAGAGCAGUCGACUGAAAGUCGUCUCCAACUGGUUUGGCCUUGGUCAUUGCGCACGAUGUUAUCCUCUCAGUGUAUAUAAAAUAACGCGGUUAAAAAGUCCUUUAUACUGACGACAAUUUCAGGGUUAAAAUUCGUUGUUAUGCGUGACUUACCAGAAGUACACAGUACUCCCAAAAACAGGAACGAAAGAUUUAAAACCAUGAGCAAAGCAGGACUAAAACUAGAAUAUACUCCUUGACCUGUCUAGCUUAACCUGACCGGGGACUCCAGUCCGUUUUAGUCUUUUUUAUAGCGAUGUGAUGAAUGGAGUCGAUUGGUUGAAAAAUGUCUGCACUAUGAACAGGUGAAUAGGUGAAAUAAAAGGUGUUUAAAUACCAAUUAACAACAUAAACAAAUUGCAAUAUGUUUUCUUACACAUGCUGAAUCGAUCGAUAUGUCCUGUCAAAAUAUCUCAAAAUUUCCAAAGCAAUAAAAUCUUUAAAGGACUUUCCAAUUGUUAGCCGGGUACAUUUUUGCUCAGUCUGCUUUAUUGUAUGCGCUUCUCUUCGUAAUCAUUAAUAUUUAUUCAGUUUAUUCUAUUUAUUUCGGUGUUGGGCAUUUUAACUUUAUUCAGGGAUAUAUAUUAUAUAAAUAAAUUUGUUUUUAGGUGGGUUCAGAAAUCAAAAGUUCCACCAUAUCUCAAAUAUCUUUUGUUAAGGGACAAAGGAUGGUGUUUACAAGCUGUCAGAACAGCUGGAUACACUUUAGAUUUUACUAGCAAACCUUUGCUGGUCAGUCAAGUCCUUUGAUAAAAGAUUUUUGCACCUCUUUGGUGUUGGGAUCAAUCAAAAAUAGAAGUUGGACGCACGGUACUUGCAGGAAACAUCAUAAGUGUAGUCUCAGUCUUUCACAACUAAAGGUUUAACUGAGGUUAAGAAACACCUCUUCAAGCUUAUUCAGAAACACAGAAACAAGUUCAAAAGAUAGAAAUAGGUAGAUGUAUUCAGCUGUGGAAUGGGAAAACAAGCGUUUCCUGUUAACGAAGUUCGUUUACUUAAACCUGGAGUUGGUUCUCACUUUCGCUUUCAAACUUGAAUCAUAAUCAGAUUUCCUUAUCUCAUUAAAAUCUAACCUAAGGCCACGCGUCCUAACACCUUUCGAGUUCUUUGUUCUCUGUUAAACCAGUUUUAGCCCAAUUUCACUUACUUUUCUGACCUCAAACUAGAAUUUCUUUCGACACAAUCUUGGAAAGAUUUAGUUUCUUUCAAACUAUCGUUUUGGUUCCCUGUAAAGGAUUUGGGUAUAGAGAUAUUUCUAGUUUUGCAGAUUUCUUCCACGUGUAGUGGGAAUCAACUCAAUUUCAGUUCCUUUUGUUUUCUAAACUCUGAUACUUACUAACACCUUUUCCUUGCAUAUGAAUGCCAUGUAAAACUGUAAAAAGAAUCAAUUAACUUAAUCGUUCAAUAUAAAUAGAACCUCUUGUGAGUAACUUCUCAGUUACGCCUUAAGAUCCGAGAUAGCUAAGAGGAGUUUGUAACUUCAACGGAAAGAUUAAAACCAUCGUCAACUGCCAAACUCUGGUUGUGUCACCUCCCUUCACGUAAUCCUAAAGUCUGUAGAAGUCCCCCUCUACACAACGUAUGUUUUUCUUCCAUACAGACGCUUUGCAUAAUUAGAAUACAUUUUGUUUGUGAAAUCACGUUCGUCUGCGAGAAAAUUUCAAGUUUUAUUGAUUUAUUUCUAUUUAUCGUGUUUGUUUUUCGCAGGUCUAGCUCGCUUUCAGUCGGUUCAGCUUAACAGCACCAGUUUAUACCACGUGACUGUCAAGUGAAUGUAUCACUCUUGUCAGUUAUCAUCGGUUCUCAUCGACCCAUAUAAAAACACAAUAUGCCUUUUUAGACUCCGGUGACUCGGAUAUUUAAGCUUAAUUUUUCAUACUUUUUAUUAGAGAGAAGAAACAAGGGUAACAAAAUGGCACUGGCAAGGCUUGGGAAUCAAUAAAUAUUAAUAAAUUGUUUUCCAUCCCACUAAGACAAAAUCGAACAAGAAGGAAUCGCUUCUACUGUUUGAUGUCACGAGUUAUUUGAAAUCGCGUUUACGUGUUUUUUUCAUUGAGCCACAUUUGAAGUUCACUUUUUAGGAUCACUGAUGGAAGCAAUCCGGUUUAAAUAGCAUUUUACAAAAUAUGCAAAUUUAAUUAGGUAGUCAUAUCUUGAGUGCCUUGGGGACUUUAAACCUCUUUCACUCCGUUUUAUUCAUUCGGAAGGUGUUCGGCUGAAACACAAUCAAGCAGCUCUUUCACACAACGCUCACAUGGGCAUAAGUGCAUAAUUUGGCCAAUCCUCAGCUGUCAGCCUUCUCACCUACUCCCACUCAAAUGAUAUUCAGAACAUCUAGAAUCAAGAAUGAUUUUUUUCCUGAUUUUAUCAAAGAGGUUCUGGGGCAAGUAACCGUGCUUCUGCUGGCGUCUAGUAUGUGUUAGACAUCAGGGAGGUGGAUAAUCUCUAUAAUGGCCUAUACGGGCAGCCUCCGCCCGAAAGAGAGAUCUUUUUCAGGCUUUAGGAAUUUGAAAAGAUAGAGAUUGCACUUGUUGAAAGACGGUAUAGAAAAAGGUGGGGAAAAUUCUCAUUUUGGUUGGUAAAAAGGCUCAAAGACCUAACAGAUGCAUUUCAUGGCUGAGAAAAAGACGAGAAAUUGUUCUGGUUUUGCGAUUUACUCAUACUUGUGAGGCAGUGCUUUUACAGUGGUUGAAAGAGAUGUUCUAAAUUAGAAAUGUGAAAGGGAUAGCAUUUGUCAAUUGCAGGUAUACGAAACGUGACGCUGUAUCUUUCCAGGUAAAUAAAAGCGAAUGGGGUCGGACUUGGUAGCGGAACCUCCCCGUAUAAAAUUAAACUUUUUGGAAUCCCCCCGUGAAUCAGCCUUAAAUUCUAAGAGUGAAAUCUAGAAUAAGGGAAUAUUCCUUCAUGUGUGAUUUGGGCAAUGGCUACUUCUCUUGGGAGCUGUUAUCUAGCAUGCAAACAAGCUCAGUUUCGACAGGCGAGGGAGUUUGGACGAUCGGCUCCUUUCACUCUUUCUGUUUCCUUUUGCACACUUUUUGCGCGUAACCCGCGCGUGACCUAUCACGACAAUAUUCAUCAGGGGCACCAAACGAUGGCUUACGCUUAAAUAUAUUGAAAAGAGUUUUUAGGCUAUAUACAGUACUUGUAGAUUGUCCAGAAAUGAAUUCAAUGGGGUGCUAGUAAAUUUAUAUCUGUUCGGUCAUCCUAGGGCAACCUGAGCCUUUUCGAUAUAAAAAGGCCUUCAGUAUUAUUCCACAGAAAAUUUUACAUGCAAUAAGGUAUCAGAACUUUUCUGAUUCCUUUCACCAUGACAUCUUCGAAUCGGAAAAUGAUAGUUUUUCUUUUUCCACGAAAUAUAGUUUAAAUUUUGAGGGAAAUGGGAAAAACUGAACUUCAUAUAAUCGUAGGGAAUAAAACAAUUUGUUAGAUAAGCUUCGAAAAUCGUAUAUAAAUGUAACGGUCAUCUUGAAAUUUUUAGCUGCCCUCAAGAUACAGAAAAUUUAAGGCUAUAUUUGUUACUUCUAAGGGAUAUUUAGAAAAAACAGUUCUUGAGUGCCACCGAUCCUUGGAGAGCUUGCUGCUGGCCAGGGGCAGGGUUAAGAAACACAGUUAAUGAUCGCCCAUAAACACUUUCAUCUUACCGAAGACUAUGCGGAUUCCUGAAAGAAAAAGGUUAUGUGUUAUAAAGAUUACUGAAAGUUAUUUAAGAGAUUUCUUAGCGUUAAAUAUUUAAAUGAUUGCAAUCAACCAUUCGUAUAAAUAUGGACAUGUUUAAAUAUUGAAAAUUGUUAGUACACUAAAAUGCGUUACAUGUAUACAGCUGUAUUUGCGAAGACUCUCGCUUUACGGGGGCAGUCUUUUUUCUGCUGUGUACAUUGGCUAUACACCUAAUUCGUUUCCCUGAUUAUCAGUUCUGACGUGGAAUCAGGGCUGUUAAAAAUAUAACGUUUUUAAAGUCAUAUAUCUUUGUCGGCAAGUGACUUACCAGAAGUACACAGUACUCCCAAAAACAGGAACGAAAGAUUUAAAACCAUGAGCAAAGCCGGACUAAAACUAAAAUUUACUCCUUGGCCUGUCUAGCUUAACCUGACCGGGGACUCAAAUCCCUUUUAGUUUUUUUUUUACAGUUAUGUGAUGAAUGGAGUCGAUUGAUUGAAGAAUGUCUUCGCUAUAAACAAGUGAAAUAAAAGGUGUUUAAAUACCAAUAAACAAGGUAAACAAAUUGCAAUAUGUUUUCUUACACAUGCUGAAUCGAUCGAUAUGUCCUGUCAAAAUAUCUCAAAAUUUCCAAAACAAUAAAAUCUUUAAAGGGCUUUCCAGUGUAUGUUUUUCUUCCAUACAGACGGUUUGCAUAAUUAGAAGACAAUUUGUUUGUGAAAUCACGUUCGUCUUCGGGAAAAUUUCAAGUUUUAUUGAUUUAUUUCUAUUUAUCGUGUUUGUUUUACUCAGGUCUAGCUCGCUUUCAGUCGGUUCAGCUUAACAGCGCCAGUUUAUACCACGUGACUGUCAAUUGAAUGUAUCACUCUUGUCAGUUAUCAUCGGUUCUCAUCGACCCAUAACUUGUUUUACGUCCCACCUAGACAAAAUCGAACCAGAAGGAAUCGCUUCUACUGUUUGAUCAAGGUUUCUUGAUUUUUUUUUUUUUCAGCAUUGCUUUCUAUUUAUUUACAACCUUGAAGAAUUAACUACAAAGUUCUAAAAAGAUUCGUUUUAGGCUAUGCUCAAUAUACCAGAUAUAUAUUCCCACUCACGCUAUAUCGGAUAGCUUUUGGUACCGCCAUGCUAUCUCGUACAGUAUCAUUAUCGUUAUCAUUAUUAACUUAUCUCCCUUUUCAAGUUCUCAGUUUACAACACGUCCCAAAAAAUUAGUUUAGUAAGAAUCGUUUUGGUGUUACUUUGCGCGGGUGAGAAAAUAGUGCGUGCUUUACACCCCUGUGUAACAGACCCAGUGGAAUCUAUAUCUUCACCGCGGGUUCUGGGGGAAAACGUCACCAGGUUGGUUUAUUUUUCUUUUUUUCUUAGUUGUGAAUCUCCCAUAAAAGCUAAAAGGGGGGCAGGCCUUACAUCCUUACCGGUAUGAAACCUUUGAAAACCUUUUACAUAUUGCUGUGGGUAGAAUAACUAAUUAAACGAUUUGCACUUUUUUAUGCAAUCUCAAGUACCUGCAUCCCUCUGAUGUGCACUUUUUUUGUAGAAGUCACAAUAGAAAGUGGCCGAGGAAGCAAAAUAUAGGUAGUAACAAACUAUUUGUCAGAUACCGAAGAGGCCAAAAUACUGCACUGGGUAGGGUAGGGUUUCAUUGUGUGUUCCACUGGGUCUGUUACAGAAGGGUGUUGGUUUGCACGGCUGCAUUGGUAUCAUGAUUUUUUAGUUCUAAAAAAAAUCAAAAUGCAAGCAAAUUUCUUUUUCUUUUCUCUUUUUUUUUGUUUUUCCUCUUUUCUCUUCUGAAGAGGAAUUAGAUUGUUAAAUGGACUGAGUAUCACUCAUAUUUAAAACGCGUCUUUCUGAAGUCGCCGAAGAAUUCCAAACGCUUGAAAACAGAAAAUUUUAAAGUCCUUAGUGACUUACAAAAACAUAGGUUAUGUUUCAUACGUUUCCUUUGAGGCUUCAUUCUGUCAAUAUUUUCAAAGCAUCUUAAUUAAACAUACACGCCUUUACGCAGCCAUCUUUUAAGUAUUACUCAGGUUCUUGAAUUGACUAUGCCAUUUCUCCUAAUUUAUUCUUUCCAUAGUGCAUUGAUCCACCCCCUCGGCGUUGACCUCUCCCGAGUGCUCCUUUUUACAGGACGCUAGCCUUUUAGUUCCCCACAGGCUUACAUCCUGAUCCAUUAUCAUCUCCCCCUCCCCCCAUUGGUCUCCACACUCUUGAGCGCCAUCUACCUUCUCCUUCUCCUCCAACACCAACACCACUGCCACCUUUACCGCUGAGUAGAAUAGCUUUAAUCAAAGCUUCCGGCAACAUUUUCCCUGACGAUGUCCGUCAUGUUUUUGAGCGGUCGAUAGCAGCCCACAACAUAGAUACACCUUCCCUCUUGCUUUUCCUAUUCCCAGCUCAACACUCUACACUCCACCUGGAUAAAAUGCCUUGUGUCGUAAUUCCAUCUGGGAUAUUUGAAUUUGAACAUGCACACUUCCCUGUACCUAUGAAAAUAUUGUUUAGUGAAGUCAUACGUUACAAAGAAAGUCCAGUCACACCACAGGCUCUCUUGAAUAAAAAAAAAGUUGUUUUUGUUGUACAUUUUUCAUUUCUAACACUUUUUUGAGGUCAAUACACAACACGCAUCGAGCAGUUUGUGUAGACUGCAAAAUUAUAUAUAUGUUAUUCACCGGCUUCGGUCGGUCCGUAUUGAAACUGUGCCCGAGGUCUUGAGUACUCAGACCAAAGGCACAGUUUCUCCCAAUACGGACCGACCAAAACCAGUGAAUAACAUUUUUACUUUUUUCCUACUGAGAUUUAAAAUUUUCAGGAAAAUUUUCCUCAGUCAGCCUCCAACCUAUGUGUGUUUCGUGUUGAUGAAGCGCGCGAUCCAUUGCAAACCAAAGCAAAAUAUUACAACAUGAUUCUUAGCUCGGUAAUUUAGAUUAUCACAAUUUAGCUCUCUUGUAGAAUAAAGAAAGUUUUUUUGUCUUGGAAGGCAAUUCAUAAUCUGAGUGUCAAACAGGGAUAAAAGAAUUGAUGAACUUGUUAUUAAAAGCCAUAGGAAAAAAAUACAGAAAAGAUUUAAUUUCUUCGGCUCAAUAAUUACUUUAAGAUUCGUUCAAUCCAGCGGGAUGAAAACUGCACAAAGACUUUAUAAAAAGAGCUAAUUACACAUACCAAUCUUAGGGUUUUGAAUUGAAUUAGAAUAAAAGAAGGCGAUGUGGGUAACAAGUAUAUAAAUAAGGAAAUGAAAACGGCGAUAACCGACUAAAGGAAAAGUGAUUCCUCUUGUUUGUUUAAGAUUGAAAGCUAAAUUCAAUCAUUGACAACAACCUUCUGUGAUAAGUAGAAAACUAGCGGGGCAAAUUUCAAUGAAAAACGGCAGAAUCUAGAUUCAGACAGCAACACUGGAAAACAAAACUACAAACAUAGCAAAAAUGUCGAAUAAACGGUGCAUAAAAGCAUGAUUGCUGUACUUACAGCGCGGUUAUAAAGCUAGUGAAGGGACAUCACGAGCAGGCUGUUUUGCUUUACUUUAGCGGUUUUCCUGGCUCAGUUGCUUGAUUCUCCUUUCAGAUUUUUUGUGUGAAUAAUAAACUUCACUUUUCCCUUGCUAAUGCUAAUAUUAGCGCAAGUUUUGAAAGAAAAAUGGUUUGAAAAUCACGGUUUUGCUCAUUCACAAACAACAACCUACCCUACCCUCCUAAGUCUUUUCCCCAGGGGAAAAAAAACAUAACUUUUAUUUGAAGUUAAUAUCAGUUAUUGUGAUGUAUAAUGUAAAGGACCUAACCAUUUGUAAAAAAAAAACAUGUGGUAAUCACGAUUUUGCAUUUAGGUUAGUAGAUUCCCUUUGGCCACAGCAAAAGAGUUCCGUGAUUAAAAGCAACAUGACUUGCCAGCCAUAGGCGAUUUUAAAAACAACAAGGAGAAUAAACAAGGUGUUGACCAGGGACUGACCAUAUGCCGUCAUAUAUGGUAGGUUAGAUCACGAAAAAGGUCUACAAGGAGCUGGGAAGGAAAGCCUACUCCUCUGCACAAUAAUGUACAUUUAACAAAGAAAAUUGUUUGCUUUUGACAGUCGCAAGACACUGAGUCACAGCCGCUAAACAUGGUUCCUGGUGGAGGAUCAUAGUGCGUCCAUUAAUCUAAUUAAUUUGCACAAGAAGGGAAAAACUUGCUUAAAGUUUAUUUAUUUAUUUAUUUUGUAAUUGUCUUUCUCAUAUUAUUUUUAUUUUUUAUCAUUCUUACGAAUUUUAUUUGUGAUAAAGGAGGCAGUAUGAACAAUAAAAUAAAUGAUUUUAUCGGUAAAUUGAAACAUUCUUGUUUCCUAUAAAUAUUCUUCUGCCACGCCGUUCUGAUAAGCCACAAUAGCACGUGAACACAACACAACGGCUGCAACCCCGCUCUAUUUGUCUUGCGAGGUUAUAAUUUCUCUGUUGUACGCAAUACGAUCAGCUUAGCAGAUUUAUGUUCAUGCACUUGGCAUAUAUAUUUUUCUGAUUAUAUCUCUUGUAGAUCCUACGUAUACGUCUAUCGGCUUAUUUGUUUGCUGUCCGUUACAGUUUUUCUUAAAUUAUGUUUUUGCUUCUAGUGCUCUAAUAAGACAAGAGUUUUAGCCAGCAGCUAUAUAUCGCGAAAUGUCGUUUUUAUUUUUUUUCUUGGAUCUUUACUAUAGAAUUUUCUCACUGCUCAAGAACGAAUUCAAAUCACCUUCUGACAACGCAAAUAACAGAAUUUCAUUGAAUUGCUAAUUAAUCUGAAAUGAAUAUUCAAUUAGUUUUUUUCCUUUCACCUUUGCCGCGAAAGAAUAUGUAACAUGGCGUUCGAACACUGAUAGUAAAUGGCGUUUUGUAGUUCUUUUGGGCUAGGAAUUCUUCAUCUCUUCAGGCAGUCAUGGACGGUUUACCAUGAUAAUAGACAAAAGCUGUCCACCGAGCUUUCCCGAGUGAAUUAUCCUUCGAUUCCAAAACACGUGGAGAGUAGUUCUAUCGACGAAAACAUCGUUGCAAUUCACAGACAGUGACAUGUUAUUUAAAGGUAAAGAAAACAGUUUAAAAUGCAUGUUAACAUCUAUCCACGAGAAAGGAAUCAGUUUUGGUUUACUGAAAAUCUUUUUAAUAGUGAGUACUUGAGCGAUUGAGCAAAUAGCGGUGAGCGAGGGUCUCACUGUAGCUACCCUUGAAGUUGUCUAUUAGUCCUCGGACGUACAGGGGGGGAGGGGGGAGGGGGUGGUUGCCACCCCCUCUGAAGUUUUCUGAGUUUUUUUCUAGACAAUAAAACAUCAGCACCUGAGACAUGAAGUCAUAAGUAGCAGGUGGUCAAGCCAUUUUUGAGUGAAAAUGCAUAUGUUUCCUUCACUUCUCUAACAAUAAAAGUAACUGUUGUGGCUAAAAUGAUGCAAAGUGCUUAUUUAUGUGUUAUUUCAUAUGUCAAACACCAAGAAGUUACCGCUUCUUGCGGUUUUAACUUGAUUUCUAAUUCUUGGUAAAAUCCAAGAUGGAGGACAUUGUUGGUAACGUCACAGGCCUCCAGUAGCGCCACCACCCAGAAAAUAUACCCCAUCUUGUUGAGAAGAUCAAAGGCUUUCCACUGAAGGCAACAUAUCAAAACUCUAGGGAGGGGUUCCAUCACCACCUCCCCCCCCCCCACCCUUCGCCUUGUGCCUCUGUGGGGGUAUGAAUUUGCCAUUUGCCUGUACGUCCGGGGGUUAAGUAAUAAUCGUUUAAGAAAGACUUUGCCUCCAUAAUUCCACAGCACGUUCAGAAAAGAACGAUAAAUACGAGUUUCUAAAAUGCGGGGUUGCGGGAAAAUGUCACGACUAUUUUAAUAGGGGUGACCACUCCGUGAGAAAAUUACGCACAAGCAAAGAGAGUAUUCCCGAAAAUUUUCGUGAGUGUUUCAAGGGCUUCGGAAGAUGUUUGGAAAAAAAUACAGGCACAGUGUUCUUUUCCUCUUGAGAAAUUGUGCCAUUGAAGCUGGUGCAGUGGGUGAAGAAAAAAAACAAAUCGCACUCUGACACCACAGCUUAACCGUAUCAACUUUAGCAUGACCCUGCACUAAAGGCGACCUUGUUAGUUUAAAGGUACUGACAUACGAACGAUUAUGUGAUCGUGAUGUCGUAGUCGAUAUCGUGACUGUAUCAACCUUAAAAAGUUGAGGUAUGCAUUGAAUGAUAAGUGCUCCAUUAACACGUCAGGUUGCACUCGUAAGAUCUUGAUUGACUCACACUUCCUUCAACAGACGGUAGUAGAAAGUUACUGACCAGCUAGUUCAACAUUAAGAAAACAAGAAUAUUAACCCAUGAUGUACAGGGAGAAAGUGGUAGAAAUUCGGCUACCUCCAUGCGAGUAAUUGUUCAUACAAGGGUCAAAGAUAAACAUUUUUUAGUAACUCUACCCUUCUUCUAUUCAGGCGCUUCACGAUAACAUCAAUCAGAAUGAAUGUUUGACAUACAAUCGAGUAUUAUAGACCCGGGGGUAAUCCUAUAGUUAACCUAUGCCGGGAUGCGCAACACAAGUUGAAUUUUUUCUAUUGUCAAGCUGGACACGCUUUCCUUUUUGUAGCAACGUCGACGACACUCUUUUGGUAAUUUGUGCCCCUCGGCUGCUGAUCGCUUCCUCCAGCCGUUUUGUAAGUAAACCUUGCGUGUCACAGAAAAGAUACUUGAAUUCUGAAUAAAUAUGACAUAAACCGUGCUUGAACAGCAUAUGAAACUGGGCACCCUGGCCGAACGACAUUUUUUUUUGGUGGGGGGCUGUUUGUUGCGUCAAUCUCUACAAUAAAACCAUAGAUCAUUUUUGCAAUAAACAAAUUUGCGAAGAUUUAAGUCAUUAAUUGGAUGGGGAAAAGACAUAAAGCCUGCCCAUAAUACACCCCGUAUUCUCUCGAGAAACUCCCCCCAUUUGCUCCUAGGGUUUAUAUAGGAUCAAUCGUUAACAUGUCAUCAACAACCAAAAUUUAGCAACAAGUUUAGCGACUUAGGUUUAUGUUAGUGGCUGACUGUGGCUUAAGUUCAGUUGAGAAAAUUAUAAUAAACGUGUCUACUGAAAGAAAAAUAACUAAUAUCUGUGCUCGGAUCAAGAUGUUCAUAACAUGGCUUUUUAUGGUAAUUCUACUUAUGAUGGUGAGUUGGAGAAAUUCAUUUUAUUUUAAGACGAUCAUAUAAUGCUAAAUUCAAGCAAAUAACGCUUUGAUUAGAUUGGAUCUUGAGUUCAUCAUCAACCAAGCUCUAAACUAGUACCGCCUGGUAACACUUCAAAACGUAAAGGAAGGAUAGGAAGUCAUUCUUUUUUGUUUGAGACCAUGUGUGCAUGUCAAUACAGCUGCAAGCUCGCUCCCAGUUACACUUUAGCUGGCCCCAAUUGUUCAAAAGCCGGAUAGCACUAUUGACCGGAAAAAAUCACCAUCCAAUAAAGGUCCAGUGGAUAAUGUGAGGACGACCAAUAGGCCAUUUCCAAGUUCCAAAAACUCUCACUUUCAAAACGAGGCUAAGUGCAAAAAACCUUUCUUGAGCUAAUGAGUGUUAUUUGCAUGAGAUUAAAAACUAUUUUUCGUAUCAAUAGAUUCGCACUUAGCCUCCCGCUUUGAAACAAAGGCGCGGGGCCACUCAGAAAUGGUCUAUUGCGUUAUCCGCGGGAUAGAGAUUUAUCCGGUGGAUAGCGCUACCCACCUUUUGAACAACUGUUGCCAGCUUGGUUUUUAUCAAACGAGGUUAUUUCCAAUUUUCUGCGAUUAAAACACAAACCGCACAGCCCUUUUUUCGUAUGCAGCACAUUGUUACUCAGAACUGAAAAAACUGAGUGACAUCAUUAUAUUAUUAUUUGUAAUAGAAUGCUGCCUGGUUAAAAAAAUAAACAGUUAAACACAAAAAGUAAAUAAACUGUUGCAAAAUCGAGAGGGUCAAAAAAAGUUUCGCCGUCAAAUUAGUUUUUAUUCAGUUUUGUGAGAUGUCAACGAAGGUGGAUUCAUUUGCAACCGUCGCAUUUAACCACUGAAUAUAUUGUUUUGGAGCUUAAAGGGGCUAUGUUACGCCAUUUUCUAUCUUUUAAAAAGCUUAAACAUGUUCCAAAAUAAUGACUAUAUUAAGACUAUAUUAAUUAAAGCAUUUCAAAUUUUUCGUUUGCUGUCAUCUGUUCCUACGAAUGGCAAGUGUGAACAUAGAUUAAAACUUGAAAAAGUGUCAAACUUUUUCAAGUUUUUUAAGGUGGCUCGUUCCUAUUUAUAUGCGUGUUAGUUAUGUUUUUGAUUCGCGUUUUUCAGAAUAAAAGAUUCAACCGAUUUCUACGAUUUUUUGCACCCUUAAUAAAUAAUGACGGAACUUUAAGAAAAUGUUAUUUAUUUUCUUAUAGGUAUAAAAACUUUUGAGAUAUUGACAUAUAUUUAAAACCUCAUUUUUACGAAAAAUGAAAAUAACUUCGAAAUCCCACGACAGAUUUUUCCCUAUUUACAGUAAAUAGAUUUCCAUAUGUAAAUAAUAAUUAUUAUCCCCAAGUGGCAUACUGCUCGUGAGCACGUCAUAGGAAAGUCAGAUAUUAUGAAUAUAUUAUCGUGCGAGAGGGUUUCAUUGCAGUUGAAAAAUCUGUCCUGGGAUUUCGAAGUUAUUUUCAUUUUUCGUAAAAAUGAAGUUUUAAAUAUAUCCCGAUAUCUCAAAAGUUUUUACACCUAUAAGAAAAUAAAUAACAUUUUCUUUAAGUUCCAUCAUUAUUUAUUAAGGGUGCAAAAACUCGUAGAAAUCAGUUGAAUCUUUCAUUCUGAAAAACGCGAAUCAAAAACAUAACCAACACGCAUAUAAAUAAGAACGGACCACCUUAAGUGAUUUUGCUGGCGUAGUAUUUUAAUACUAGGCCAGCAGAAAGAGACCAAAAUCUUAUGGCUGGUACGGAGCUCUCUGCUUAGCAACCUUUGUUUGAUAUCUUCUUCGAAACUGUACAGGAGUAUUUUGUAUACUGGUAAAAGCACUAAUAAGUAAUGACGUUAAGACCGAAACCAGCGAUAGCCUCGUGUCUUAGCCCCUUAAAAUCAGUACGAAUUGUAAUUCCAACGGGCAAAUGCGAUGGUUAUACUAAUACACGUAUGCUGAAAAAGUAUGUCCCCAAAUGAGAUUUGUACGUGCUAAGUACAGAAGAUCCAAGGGCUUGCCAUGAAACCAGUUUGUAGAGUCCUAAGUACUGGAAAGAUAGAAAGGAACUAAAAGUUUUUCAAGGAGCUAAAUGGGUGGCUCAAAUGAGGGUGUGUUUGCCGUUAUUUUCCUAUAAACAAUGUAUAGUAAAACGUAACUAAAUUCAAAUUUAUUAAAAUAAUUCUGGAUGUCACAAAAACCUCAUCCAAAUAUUGGUUGAAAUAUGUAAGGAUUUGUAGCGGAGCUCUGGCGCGCGAGAAGCGCGCCUGCGGAGCACCAUGGGUAAGUAAAUCUACCCAUCCCAGAAAAUUUGGUAAUCACGUGACCGUACACCGCCCGCUGCCCGCCCGUCCGUCCGCACCACAGGAAACCAAUGUUAAAUCUCACACUUUCUAGUUAGUUUGGGAGCACAGGAAGACUGAUAUUGCCCACAUAUUGCACAUCAAUGUUGUGAUCAAUUGACAGCUGUCAAAACAGGUUAUCCGCUGACCAGUAUCACCUGACCGUAUCGCGGGCUUAGGUGUCGACCCAUCGAGGUCGAGUAUCUUUUUGAAGUUAUCCGUUUUAAUUCAUAUGAAAUAUGUUGUGUUUUCAAAAUUUUGAUUUCAAACUGACCUCAGAAGCUAAAAUUCAGGCAGUUUUUACAGGCAGGGAAGACAUGCCAGUUGCUUUUGACUUUUCUCACCAAGGUCACGCGUUGGUCACGCUGUACGUCCAAUUUUUAUGCUCUGAUUGGUCAAAACCUGAGAGGUGAGUUCAUGCGGAAAAUUUAUGCAACAUCUUGAAAGUUGUUUACUCUGUCAGCUGAAGCUGACAGAGUUUUGUGUCAACUUGUGAUGUUUUUAACUGCUUUUCCCACUGAAUGUACAAAAUGAAAUUCAGCUGCUACCAAGAGUCUUCUCUUAUUCAUGUCUAUUUUAUUUAUUGGGUUUUUACUUGAGAAAUACGUCGCUUCUCAAAGUCGGAAAUCCGAUUUCGGAUGGCAUCGUUUUCGUUUUUCACCUUACUUGAUACGUAAGAGGGUUGAAAAGUCUGAAGCGAUUCUGGCCUUACUUGAUAGUUUUCAGUGCAUCUCGAAUGGUAAGCCUGAGUAAUUAUUUCAUUUGAUGUCUGUUUUUUUAUACCUGAUUUAAUGAAGUCGAGCGUACUUUAUGGGGCUAUUUAGUUUAUGCACGUUUGUGAAAUUUGAGACCAUGAUCUGACCGAGUAUCAGGUUUGAUUAUAAACUUAUAGAACUUUGAAAAGCCUUCAGACAUUUUAAUUUCUCACCGCAAAUAGAAAGAAAACGUUUCAAAGAAUAUUUAGUUAUGAUUCUGGCUGUAAAAGAAAGCUUUGAGCGAUUUUCUUGCCUCGAAUUCACCUUUGAAAAAAGCAAACACCGGGAAGCCGGCUUAAAACAUAAACAAGGAUUUUCAGAGACACUUUAAUGCUUGUCUUCGUGAAUGAAAAUUGUUGUCUCUGUAUAUGUUUCACCGAAUUAUUUUUUUUUCCUUUUAUUAUUGAUUGUUAGUAGUCUCUUUGCAAUUUUAAUAAAUCACUGUGCCGUUUGUUUUUAGUCGCUCAUGAACAUCGCUUGCAGGAGUAGUCAAAAUGCCACGCGUAUCAAACGCUUUUGAAGAUUACACAUCGUUAUAAAACCAUUAGAUAAAAAAUAAACAUAAUAAAUUCUUUAUUAUGUUGAAGCGUAUAACUCUAUUAACCUUAAUUUAAACAGUCGACUUUGGCGCUUGUCAAAAGUGAGAACCAGCUAGUCGUAGAGAUGAUUUUGGAAAUUUUGUUAACGGUUUCGGUAAAAGCCCACGCGUGCUUCGAUCGUCCUGAAUAUUGAAUGAACGCAAUUUGUAUUGCAAAAUUGUGAAAUACUGCAUUCUGUCCAAGGUUUGUAUGAUAAAAACAGCGCCUCAUUGUACUGUUUCACCUCAGAUGUGAUGCGGUAAAAAGUAUAAAAGGUUGGUUUACACGUCCCCAGACUUGUUGGCAAGAUUUUGCAAAGUAAACUUGUCGAACGCAAAAAAUUCGGCUUGAUUUGGUUUCCAAUAAUUUGUUUUCCAGGCCUAAUCUACUGUGAUCAAGAGCCAUUGUGGCUAUGCUAUUUUUUGGGUGUACAUAUAAGGCUAUCAACUCGACGUAAGAUUAAGUUCACUCUUAGAUUGGACUGUUGGCAAAUUAUUUUUCUCUAAAAUCACUUAGCCUUUCCCUCAAAAGUCACAUGAAUGUGCUCUAAAGUUAACUGAUUUGUGGAAUACAAGCUUAUUGUUUGAUUUAAAUUAUAAAUUUGAUUUAAUAGGAGCUUCGCUUUUAGCCCUGGCUAAAUCUAUAUAUUAGAGGAGUAUGAUUUGACAUCCCUCAAUAAGAACGUCUUUGUGUCUCGUUAUUCCAGAAACACUGCAUUGGUUGGGGGAUUUUAUCACUCAGGUUGGUGAACUAUAAAAAUCCAGGCCAUACUUUGUUUAAUGGUGAAUGCUGCGACACACUGACGUGGUGCUCCACUAAUGCCUGUGAGAAUUAUUUCAAAUUCUGUGUGACAUCACUUGGAUCUUUGCACCCGUGCAACCUGGGCUCUAGUGAAACAAGAGUGCUUGGCGACGACGACUUCACGUUUCCUAAGGUUGGAGGAAGCCUGGGUACAAAUCUGCUCAAUCCACUAACAUUUAACUUUUCUCACUGGCAGGUUAGUAUUUUCAAACCGCUCUUUUUAGUUUGUGUGUAGCAGUUAUUCAUCGAAGGUUCAGUGAAUAGCCGCUGAAACUGGUGAACACAUUGCUUUGGUGUAAAUACUCGGGUGUUAACAGACCCUGUCAGCAGAGCCUCCUUUCGCUUGCUCAAUUUUGGCGUUCUCGAGAAUGAUUCUGCAGGAAUCGAGUAAGACCUUUGUUGCGCAUGCCUGGUAUGUUGCUAGGAUAUAGUUUCGAACCUAGGUUCAUCAAUAAACGGAUGCUCGCACGCCAAAAAAAAAACAAUUUGACGAGAGAGAACAAGAUUUAGUGUACGAGCCUCAAAGGGGUGACAUGGUUUAAACAGAGCUUUCUUUGUUCCUCCUCAAUCAAGAAGCCAAAAGGAGGCUCUGGUAGGGUGGUGUUAACAGAGAAAUGAAAAGAAAUAAAUGAAUUGUCGCGGAUGAGAGGACAAGAUACGCGUACUCUUUACCUUUUAUAUUAAUAUGUUAACAGUAAGCUUGGGCGUCAGCACAUAACGGUGCCACUGGUUCCCGCUGUGGAUCCAUUUAUGUGCGUACUGCUGAAACUAACCCAGCAAAAGCAUCUAAUAAAAAUAUUUCAUUUUCACGUUAUCUUUACACUUUCAGGGACCUGCGAAAAAAAGCAAAAGGUUUAUCUUUUAAAUUAUCAAAACCCUCCAGUCUUAGCCCCUAAGUGAAAUCUACUUUUUGUGUCUAAUAGCUAGAAAAUCGAUGAUAUAUUCAUUGUUCUCGAUCUCACGUGUGAACUGCGAUGGAAUAUCUAUAGGGUGUGAGAGAAUACAUUAAAAAGGGCGGGCGGCAAGGAUGGCUUUGUGGUGAGAGCGCUCGCCUCCCUCCCACCAAUGUGGCCAGGGUUCAAAUCCCGGCGUGGACGCUAUAUGUGGGUGUUGCGUUUGUUGAUGCUUAUCUCCCUUGCUCCGAGAAGUUUUUCUCUGGCUGUUUCGGUUUUUGUCCUCUCCUUAAAAACCAACAUUUGCAAAUUCAAUUCCAGGAAUCAGGUAGACGAAGAACCACUUAGUGGGUGUGCUACCUCUAAACCGUUAUUAAUUUAUUUAAUGUUUAUUAUGUUACGUUCUAGUUUAGUUAUAACAUCAGAGCAAAUCAGCCACUUUAAUUUGUCAGAUUUGCAAAUGAUAACGUGCGUCUUUGUUAUGCAGCGUUGAUUACCUGUAUAAGAAGUUUGGUCGACUCGCUUUAACUAAGCUGUUGGGUAUAUGGUGAGAUCAAGACAAAAGCCUAUGAUGUUUUCUUCUAAAAUGGGAGGAACCAGAUCCUAAUAGGGGCAGUUACCAAACUGGAAGUUAAGGUUAACAAUAUGGUUUCUUUUAGCAGCCCUAAGUUAUAUGUUCCUUUGCACACAGCUUCUUAAGUUGAAAAAAAUGGCGUCCAUUUGUGUUUUUUUAAUUUCGAUGGCAGCUUUGUGUUUAUGUUAGUUAUGACGUUUUGUUUUUCGUAACCAGCAAAAACAAUAGUGCCACCUUCUAACUUGAUUAUACGUUGGAAGAGGUAAAUUGCAAGCCAACUGUUAUUUUUUUGUCCUCUUAUUCCUAUCAUGUGCUUCAGUUAUCAUCAUCACGUCGAAAGGUUUGUAGCUAUGGUGAUCUCCAAGGCUAGUUUAUAGACCACCAGCAUAUUAAUUAAUCCAGAGGAAAUAGGUUUUAUCCAACCCACCCAUCAUGUGAAUAAGUGUGAAAGUGUCAACACGACAUACAAGACCACUCGACCCAAUUCCAAUAAUUAGUACAUGAUUACCUCUGGGGGAUGUGGGGGAAGUUGAUCUAUGUUAAGCAGUGUAAAACAAUGUCAGAAAGAAGAUACAAGAGUAGUAAGCUGUUUUACUGUUAGCCACCACCGGUUUCCUCGCGAAAUCACGUCUCAGAAACGAGCGAAGAAAUUUGAUACUGAUGACGCGUCACUAACCAGAUCUUGGUAGUGUGUUGAAGCAAAUGCCCCACACAGCACGACCAAUCAGAAGCACUAGCCAGAUCUGGGUAUUGACGCGUUAUCAGUAUGGAAUUUCUGCGGUUGUUUCCCAGACGUCAUUUUGCGGCGAAAUCGGUGGUGGCGUCGCAAAAUGUUGGGUGUUUUCUCAGGCUAUUUUCCUCUUAAUUUCAGGGGAGCACGGUCGUAAUUGAAGUCUGGGAUGAUGACAGCGGUCAGAUUGCAGGUUCUCUCCACGAUUUCGUAGACAAGUACACCCUAACACUAAGCCAACUUCGAUCAGCGGAUCCUGAUCUUCAAUCUGCCACACAGCAAACAAAGAAGCUAUGUGGUAAACGAUCGUGCAUGACCGUAACGGUCACGCUAUACUGUGGUCCUAAUUAUCUGGUGCCAGAGUGUCGCACUUAUUGUAUGUCACACAAUGAUAGUCUUGGUCAUUACAACUGUAACUAUACUGCCGGACGCAAAAUAUGUCACGACGGAUGGUAUGAUCCUCUUUCAGACUGUGUAAAGAAACGGAAGAUUUGCACUCCCAGAAAUGAUUCUUUGGGUCAUUACAACUGUGACCCCGUCAGCGGAGAAAAGUUGUGUCUGAGCGGGUGGACUGGGGAAAAUUGCACACAAAGUAAGUCAAACAAAACGACUGAGUAUUUAGCUUUCCAAUAAAAUGAUGAAUAUAUGAAUUUCAUCUAUCGGAACUGCUUGAAAAUAGAUAUAACGAUCAUCACCGUUAAAGUCUCAAAAAAAGCCCGAAUAAAUGCAGCCAUGCCAAGCUAAAGUGGUCAAACAACGCGACAACGAAAAGUAUUACCCUUUAGUACAGAGGUGGCCCAAGGUUAGGUUGCAUUCGCCUAACCCCAAACGCAACAAUAUUUAAAUAAAUGAACUAUUUUAGAGUUGGUUUCUUUCUACAAAGUCCUUUGUCGUGCAUUGUCAAUUUGGGGGUGAAAUCAACCUUCCCAGAGAACUCUGUCUAACUGAAUUUCACAGAAUAGAACUUUACACAUUUCUUGCCUUCUUUUAACAGUUUGUCUUGGUUCCCCCUGCCCGUAUUCUGGCAUCCUCAGGUCGACAUCCAAGCAUAUUUUGGAACGUUCCUCGUCACAUUUAGCGGCAAUUAAGACUAUGAUAAAACCAACUACCGAAAAACAAAUGCUAUCAACUACAUCAUCAGCGAACGAAGGCUACUUAACCAGUAUUUUCCCUGCUGGACAGUCCACAGCAUUUUCCUACUCGAUAUCUUUUGGUACCUUAAUCUUAAGAACAUCAUUUGAAACAGAGCACAAUAGUUUACUUCUUAAGACUAUGAAGACUGUCUCAUUAAGCCACAACAUUUCAAUACCGCAAUCGUUAAUAUCAACAAGCAAAAUCUCAUCAACAUCAUCAUCAUCGCUUGUUAAAACUUCCAAGUCCUCAAAAAUGAGGUUAUCGUUGUCGUCGCCUGUCUUUCAAGAAUCCAUUCAUCACGUCACCCCAUUGUUUCUUACACCAACCGCUGCAGGAUCUGUUGACAAAUCCUCAGUCUUAGCAGGUCCUACUGAAUUUCACCCAACCGAUGGAAUAGCAGUUGAAAUGAAACCAUAUCACAAUGUAAGUAUUGCUUUUAUUUACUUUUAGAAAGGGACUACUAUUGUCUAUAAUCUAUAAACUUAACCAGCUUUAAAAACUGAAGUCCUCAGACUUUGUUAAUGCUACAAAAAGCGAAACUUAUCAGUUGUGACUAAGGUAAACGGAAUCACUAGAAUGACAAAAAUGAAUGGCAUCACUGGGAUGAACAGGGUGACUCGAAUGAAUAGGAAAACUUGGAUGACCAGUAUAAGCGGAAUAAAAAGGAUGACUGGGUAGACCAGGAUUAAAGAAAUAAAAAAGACGACAAUAAUAAACCGUAUGACUAGAAGGACUAAAAAGACCAGGAUGACAAGGAUGACGGAGAUGAUUGGGAUGGCUAAGAUGGCUGCAUCGAAUGACCAGGAUGAAUCACAUGGGAGGGAUAACUGGUAUGACAGAAAGAACUUCGAUGACAAGAAUCACGGGGAUAACUAGCGUGACCAAAACGACUGAAAUGGCAGGAUAACAGGGACGAACACGUUGACCGGGAUGACCGACAUGACUGCCAUGACUGUGGCAACCGAGAUGACUGGGAUGACCGGGCCGACCGGAACAACCGGGCGCCUCAGGCAACAGGGACGGCCAGGACUUUCGUGACAACCGGAAGAAAUGGAAUGACCACUAUGACCAAGAUGAACACGACGACCGGAAUGACUGGGAUGACCGAGACGAUUGGAAAAACAGGGAGAACUGGGAUGAGUUGGACAACCGGGGCGAUUGGGAAGACCAUGACAACCGGUAUCGCUAUGGAAACCGGACAACUGGGAUGACCUGAACAACCAGGUUGACGGAACUACUGGGGCGACCGGGACAACCGUUGCAACAAGGUCGACGAAGACAACCGGAACAAUCUUGACAACUGGGGUGACCGAGACGACCAGGACAACCGGUCAACCGGGACGACCGGGUCAACCCGAACAACUGAAAUGACAAGGAAAACUGGCGCGACCGGGACAACCGCUACAACUGGGAUUACCGAGAUGACUGGGAUGACCAGGAUGACUCGAGAGAGGAGAGGAGAUAAUCGUUUAUUCAAAAUCACAACUAGCAGCUAUAAGCUGAAUUACUUGUGUUAUGUACAUGUUGAUAAAAAUUUAACCUUAUAAAAAUUCUUAACUAUAAUCUAAGAAAAAAUACUACUAUAUAACCAUAAAAUUAAAUCAAAUCUAGUAUAAAAGUUCUAUUUACAAUUGUUGUUUAUCUGCAUAGUGCAUUACGAAAGAUUUCUAAACCUCUUUGUUUUUACACGUGGGAUUGAAACCAUACGCCUAUUCCUAAAGUUAUAUCUCUCAUUGUCGUUUCGCGCGGGUAGCAAGCCAGCUAAUUUAUGCUGGCGAUUGCUCUCUACAAUUUGUUUAUACAGAGUGCUACAUAAUUCCUCGCGUCUAUGAAAGAGUUUUUUAAACCCGCAUCUUCCAGGGCCUUGCUAUACGAGACCUUUGGGAAUAGAAUCCUUGAGACUCUUUUCUGAACCCGCUCUAUUUGGUCGCACAAAUAGGCUGGCAAGCUGGAAUGGAAAGCCUGGCAUGCAUAUUCUAGGACGGAACGAAUGCCUGCGCAAUAAAAUUGAAUUAGGGACUUACGAUCUAUGCCAGCGCGCUUAAGUUGCUUUCGCAGUAAUAUUAUCAACAUGAUCGUUCCAUUUAUGGUCAUUCCUUUCAGUGACACCUAAUAUUUUAGCUGAUUUCACAAUUUCAAAAGGGAUGAAGAGACAGGGUACAACUUGGACGACCAGGACAAGCCGGACAACUGGGAUGGUCGGAACGAAUGAGAUGUUCUGGACAACCAGGACAACCCGGAUGCCCGACUGGGACGACCGAGAUAACCAGGACAACAGGUCGACCGGCACAACCGGGAUAACUGGAAUGGCCCGAAUGACUGUAGCCUCCCACGCAGGCGAUUUAAGGGGAGCUCGUAUUUCUUCCCUCCCAACAAACGCCUGCUCAACGGAAAACAACAUUCCUUUCCCAAGCUUAGCCAAUCACAUUGUACUUUCCAAAUUCUGGAAAGUUGACCUUGACCGCAAGGUAAUCUGAUAAUUAAUCUGAUAAUUAACUUCGGUAACUCGAAGGUCACGUUCAGUCGUGUUUAGCCUGUCAACACUUCAUUGCACAAUUGUUGAUUGGUCACCUACCACGCAAAUAAAACAAUGAGAAAGGAAUGUUGUUUUCCGUUGAGCAGGCGAUUGUGGGGAGGGAAGAAAUACGAGCGCCCUAAAAACGCCUGCGUGGGAGGCUAGAAUGACUGGGGUGUCCGGGAAACCCGGACAACUUGGAUGACGGGGACAUAGAGGACAACCGGAACAAUUGGGUCAAGUGGGAUGACUGGGAUGACCGGGCUGAUUGGAGUGACCUCCCGGUCUCUCCCGUUGAAGAGGACGACCAAGACGACUGGAAACCCGGGACAAUCAGGACAAUGGGGAUGAUUAGGACAACCCGGACGAUUGGGAGGAUCUUUUUGAGUUGGAAGACCGGGAUGACCAAGGCGACCAAGACGACAGAGACCAUAGGCACAACUGGGAUGACCGGGACGACCGGGAUCAACCGGAACAGAGCGUUGGUGCAGAUGAGUGCAGUUUGGUGCAUUUUGGUGCAACAGGUGCAAAUUGGUGCAGAUUGGUGCAUGUAAUGUGCAGAUUGUUCCAUGUAAUAAUUUGCAGAUUGGUGCAGACUGGUCCAUGUUGUUUGCACUAUAUAGUAAUAAUUGUAUCAUUAUUAUUACUAUUACUAUUAUUAUUAUUUUUAGUGUAGUUUGGUACAAAUUGGUUCAGUUGAGUGUAGAUUGAAGUAUAUUAGUGCACCAGAUUUUUGCACUUUGAUGAAACUUGGUGCAUAUUAGUGCAGUUUGGUCAACUUAGGGCAAAUUGUUACAGUUUGGUGUAGAUUGGGGACCUUUUUGUGCAGAUUGGUGUAGCUGGGUGCAGAUUGGUGCAGAUUAGUGCAGUUUGGUUUAACUUCAGUCGCUGACAGAAUGUGUUGAGACACUUCGCCCUAAACUGGGCUUUUUUACGUUUUACUGACUUCCAAAGGGGCAAAUAUACCCUUUUCUUCCCCGCUCCCUGUAGCAAUGUUGUGCCGCUGUUCGAGCUACCUAUAGAAAACAACAAACAUUCCAACUUUGAAUGGAGGGGACAGGGAAGGGGUGUAGAUUCUUUUGUUAUCUGAAGUUACCCUAUUUAAGUACAAUCUGUCAACAGUUUUGUCACCGAUUGUCGGUGCACACUGGUGCAGAUAACUGCAAGUUCGGAGAGGUAGGUGCAAGUUUAUGCAGAGUGAUGCAGUUGGGUGCAAGCUGGUACAGUUUGGAGCAACUUGGUGCACAUUGGUCCAGAUAGGUACAAGUUGGUGAAGAAUGGUACAGUUGGGUGCAAGUUGGUGCAGACUGGUGCAGCUUGUUGACGAUUGAUACAGUUUGGUGCAACUAGGGGGUGCGAUUGGUGAAGUUUGCUGCAACGUGUUGGUGCAACUUGAUCCAGCUUGGUGCAGUUUGGUGCAACUUAGUGCAGAUUGGUGCAAUUUGGUAAUUUGGUGCAACUUGGUGAGAUUAGUGCAGUUUGGUGCCAUCAUGGUGAACUUGUCGCCAUUUGGUGCAACUUGGCGCAGGUUGGUGUGGUUUGAUGCAACUUUGUGCAGAUUGGUGCAGUUUGGUGCGACUUAGGGAAGAUUUGUGCAAUUUGGUGCAACUUGGUGCAGAUUAGAGCAGCCUGGUGCAACUUGGUGCACAUUGGUGCGACUUGGUGCAACUUGGUGCAGACUGGAGCAGUUUGGUGUAACUUGGUAACACUUGGGGCAACUCGGUGCAACUUGGUGCCACGUAGUGCACCUUGGUAAAGUUCGGUGCAACUUGGUGCCAUCUUGUUUGUGUGCCAUCUUGGGGAAGAUGGAGCAGUUUGGUGUAACUUGGUGCAGAUUGGUGCAGCUUGGUGCAGACUGGCACCGUUUGGUGUAACUUGGUGAAACUUGCGGCAACCAGGUGCAACAUGGUGCAGAUUGGUGCAGUUUGGUGCGGUUUGGUGCAACUUGGUGCAAUUUGGUGCAACUUGGUGCAGAUUGGUGCAAUUUGGUGUAACUUGUAGAAACUUGGUGAAAGUUGGUGCCGCAUGGUGCAGACCGGUGCAACUUGGUCCAGUUUGGUGCAACUUGAUGCAGAUUGGUGCGACUUGGUGCAGACUGGCGCCGUUUGGUGUAACUUGGUGAAACUUGCGGCAACCAGGUGCAACAUGGUGCAGAUUGGUGACACUUGGUGCAGAUUGGUGCAACCUGGUGCAGAUUGGUGCAGUUUGGUGCCAUCUUGGGAAAGGUGGUGCAGUUUGGUGCAACUUCUUGCAACUUGGUGCAGAUUGGUGCGACUAGGUGCAACUUGGUGUGGAUUGGUGCAACUUGGUGCAACUUGAUGCAACUUGGUGCAGUUUGGUGCAACUUCGUGCAGAUUGGUGCAAUUUGGUGCAACUUGGUGCAGAUUGGUGCAGUUUGGUGCAGUUUGGUGCAACUUGGUGCAAUUUGGUGCAACUUGGUGCAGUUUGGUGCAACUUGGUGCAAUUUGGUGCAACUUGGUGCAGAUUGGUGCAAUUUGGUGUAACUUGGAGAAACUUGGUGAAAGUUGGUGCAGCAUGGUGCAGACCGGUGCAACUUGGUGCAGUUUGGUGCAACUUGAUGCAGAUUGGUGCGACUUGGUGCAUACUGGCGCCGUUUGGUGUAACUUGGUGAAACUCGCGGCAACCAGGUGCAACAUGGUGCAGAUUGGUGACACUUGGUGCAGAUUGGUGCAAUUUGGUGCAACCUGGCGCAGAUUGGUGCAGUUUGGUGCCAUCUUGGGGAAGGUGGUGCAGUUUCGUGUACCUUGGUGCAGACUGGUGCAGUUUGGUGCAACCUCUUGUAACUUGGUGCAGAUUGGUGCGACUAGGUGCAACUUGGUGUGGAUUGGUGCAACUUGGUUCAACUUGAUGCAACUUGGUGCAGUUUGGUGCAACUUCGUGCAGAUUGGUGCAAUUUGGUGCAACUUGGUGCAGACUGGUGCAGGUUGGUGCAACUUGGUGCAAUUUGGUGCAACUUGGUGCAGAUUUCUACGACUUGGUGCAACGUGGUGCGUGCAAUUUGGUGCAAAUUGGUGCAAAUUGGAGCAGCUUGGUAAUUUGGUGCAACUUGGUGGAGAUUAGUGUAGUUUGAUGCCAUCUUGGCGAACUUGCUGCCGUUUGUUGCAACUUGGUGCAGAUUGGUGUGGUUUGGUGCAACUUGGUGGAGAUUGGUGCAGUUUGGUGCAACUUGGGGCAGAUUGAUGCAAUUUGGUGGAACUUGGUGCAGAUUAACGCAGUCUGGUGCAACUCGCUGCAGAGUGCUGCGGUUUGGUGCAACUUGAUGCAGAUUGGUGCGACUUGGUGCAGACUGAUGCAGUUUGGUGACACUUGGUGGAGAUUGGUGCAACAUGGUGAAGACUGGUGCUACUGGAUGCAGUUUGGUGCACCUUGGUGCAACUUGGUGCAAAUUGGUGCGACUUGGUGCAACUUGGUGCAGACUAGUACCGUUUCGUGUAACUUGGCGAAACUUGGUGCAACGUGGUUCAACAUGGUGCAGAUUGGUGCAACUUGGUGAAGAUUGGUGCAGUUUGGUGUAACUUGGUGAAGAUUGGUGAAGUUUGGUGCAACUUGUUGCAACUUGGUGCAGAUUGGAGCAGUUUGGUGCAACUUGGUGCAGACUGGUGUAAUUUCGUGCAACUUGGUCCAGAUUAGUACCGUUUGGUGCCCUCUUGAAGAAGGAGGUGUAGUUUGGUGAAACGUGGUGCAGAUUGGUGCAGUUUGGUGCAACUCGUUGCAGCUUGGUGCAGAUUGGUGCGACUUGUUGCAACUUGGUGCAGUUUGGUGCAACUUGGUGGAGAUUGGUGCAGUUUGGUGCUCCUUGGUGCAACUUGAUAAAGAUUGGUCCGACUUGGUUCAACUUGGUGCAGAGUGGUGCAGUUUGGUGUAACUUGGUGAGACUUGGUGCAACCUGGUGCAACACGGUGCAGAUUGGUGCAACUUGGUGCAGUUUGGUUCAAAUUGGUGCAAAUUGGUGCAACUUGGUGCAGAUUGGUGCAGCUUGGUGCCAUCUUGAGGAAGGUGGUGCAGAUUGGUGUAACUUGGUGCAGAUUGGUGCAGUUUGGUGCAACUUGUUGCAACUUGGUGGUGAUUGGUGCGACUUGUUGCAACUUGGUGCAGAUUGGUGCAACCUUGUGCAACUUAGUGCAGUUUGGUGCAACUUGGGCAGAUUGGUGCAAUUUGGUGCAACUUGGUGCACAUUGGUGCAGUUUGGUGCAACUUGGUAUAGAUUGGUGCGACUUGCUGCAACUUGGUGCAGACAGGUGCAGUUUGCUGUAACUUGGUUCAGAUUGGUGCAACUUACUGCAGCUUGGUGGAGUUUGGUGCAACUUGGUGCAGAUUGGUGCAGUUUGGUGUAACCUUGUGUAGAUUGGUGCAGUUUGGUGUAACUUGGUGCAAUUUGGUGCAACUUGGUGCGGGUUGG